UGAUAAGCCUCUCUCUUCCAUUUCCCGCCAAACUCCCUGUGCCUCAUGUGAAACCCAGCAACCAACCUUCGCGCCAAAACCUUCCUCCAUCUUCCAUGUCCGUCAACCACUGUAACAGCCGCUUCCACUCCCUCAAGGACCGCCUCGCCCGCCACCUCCAUGCUGGCCAUGUAACAGCCCGGCUCUUUCACCGGCACUGUUACCGUUCACGGCCCAGGCUAUCCUCGCCUGGCCUCGUGCCUCGGGCUUUCCACUGGCAUCGUGAACAAGUUUAUGCAUAUGCAGCGAAUUGGGGCUUGCAUCAGUUAAUUGUGUGGGGAAUUCUCUUAUUAGCAUGUAUGCUCGGUGUGGUAAUAUGGAAAAUGCUAGGAAAGCCUUUAACAUUCUAUUUGAUGAGAAUUUGAUUUCUUAUAAUACAAUUGUCAAUGCAUAUGUAAAUAGUUUGAAUUCUGAGGAAGCAUUCAAAUUUUUUAAUGAAAUUGAGGAUACGGGAACUCAGGUUGAUGCCUUUACAUUUGCUAGUCUUUUGAGCGGAGCAUCUAGCAUUGGUACAAUUGGUAAGGGUGAGCAAAUCCAUGCUUGCAUACUGAAAUCAGGUUUCAAGUCAAAUCUUCACAUUUCUAAUGCUUUGAUCUCAAUGUACGCUUGAUGUGGACAUAUAGAAGCUGCUUUUCAAGUUUUUAGUGGCAUGGAAGAUCGUAAUGUUGUAUCUUGGACUUCAAUGGUUACUGGAUUUGCAAAACAUGGAUUUGCUGCAAAGGCUUUAGAGACCUUUCACAAUAUGCUAGAGGCAGGUGUAAGGCCAAAUGAGAUCACAUAUAUUGCUGUUUUAUCAGCUUGUAGUCAUGUGGGUUUGAUUUCUGAGGGAUGGAAACACUUCAAAUCAAUGAAUAUGGAACAUGGUAUUGUCCCAAGGAUGGAGCAUUAUGCUUGUAUGGUUGAUUUACUAGGUCGCUCAGGAUGUCUUGAAGAAGAAAUGGAGUUCAUUAACUCAAUGCCCUUCAAAGCUGAUGCUUUGGUACUCCGAACUUUUCUCGGAGUUUGCCGAGUACAUGAUAACAUAGAUCUUGGGAAACAUGCUGCUAAGAUGAUUCUUGAGCAGGAUCCAAAUGAUCCAGCGGCACACAUUCUUCUAUCAAAUUUGUAUGCUUCUACUGGUCAAUGGGAUGAAGUGGCGGAAAUUAGAAAAAACAUGAAAGAGAGAAAUUUGACUAAAGAAGCAGGUUGUAGCUGGAUUGAAGUGGAAAAUAAAGUGCACAAGUUCUACAUGGGUGAUACUUCCCACUCCGAAGUUGUAGAGAUCUCUGAUGAACUGGACCAAUUGGCUUUAGAAAUAAAGGAAUUGGGCUAUGUUCCAAAUACAGACUUUAUUCUUCAUGAUGUUGAGGAGGAGCAAAAGGAGCAAUCUUUGUUCAAACACAGUGAGAAAAUAGCUGUUGCAUUUGGUUUCAUAAGUACAUCUAAAUCUAAACCAAUAAGGGUUUUUAAGGAUCUUCGAGUUUGUGGAGAUUUUCAUACAGCAUUCAAAUACUUUUCAAUCUUCAGAGGAAGAAAAAUUGUGGUGAGGGAUUCCAAUUGAUUCCAUCAUUUCAAGGAUGGGAAAUGCUCCUGUAAUUAUUACUGGUAAAAUGAGUUGAAGUGGCCCGAAGAACAUCUGGUCUACUUCAUCAACGGCCGCGUCAGAAGAUGAGCUCUACACUGACGGCGAUGAUGGUUUUGAUGAGUUCCGGUUCAGUGAUGGCUCGAAACAGAGGAUCUGGUGGUCUAAUGAAGACAACAAUAGUUGGAUCGACGAUGAAUAGAUUCUACUUGCUGCCCUUGCUAAUUUGUAAAUGUUGAUAGUUCAAG